UUGGGACCAUGGCUGUUGACUGGACUGGUUUUGCAUAUGCUGCAUUGCUGGCUGCUGGAGGUGUUAUAGGAUACACUCGUAAAGGUAGUAAAACCUCUUUAGCUGCUGGUCUCACCUUUGGUUCUAUGGCUGGUUAUGGAGCUUACUGCAUAACACGUGAUCCAAGAAAUGUGAAGAUAUCAUUGUUUUCAGCUUUUCUUUUGACCAUUAUAAUGGGAAUGAGGUUCAAGAGGUCCAAGAAAUUAAUGCCAGCCGGACUAGUAGCAUGCCUGAGCCUUUUGAUGAUUUUGAGGCUUGUUUUUAUGCUGCUGUAGGAGAAUUUAGCAACUUAAGAACCAAAGUAUGACUGCCUCACUCACCGAACAGAGGCAAGCUCUCCAUACUUGAAAGACAAGUUUGAACACAAGUCUUACGUUGCAUUUAUCUUUUCUGUAAAAGAUCGGUACCUAUUAUUUUAUUAUUGACAUUUGCUGAUAUUUUGCAAUCUUUUUUUUUAAACUAAAACAAGUGUUUGGUUGAUGAUAUAUUUUGAUCUACUUCUGUUUAAGCAGUCUGUUAACUCAAGGGAUCUUUUCUCCGUAAGUUUGAUCUCCUUCAGGGGUGCUGAGUGCCCCAAGAAAUUGAGUUUUAGUCUUGCACUGUGGCUCUGAGGGAAGAAUAUAUAUAAAUACAUGUUUAUGCUAAAAA